AUGAGAUUUUUAAAUAUUGUUGCGUACGGCGUGCUCGCCACAUCAGCAGCGAACGCUGCAUCGAUACCUGAAGUCGACGCCAUUCACCUCAUCGAAGACCAUGCCGAGUCGCAACCACGAGCAGCAGAAGUCGUCGCACCGGAACACAGCUUAGAGAAAAGAAAGGGCGGUGGUGGUCGCGGAGGUGGUAGUAGUUCUGGUAGUAGCUCUGGUGGUAAAUCCGGCGGUACCUCCAGUAGUUCUAGCGGUCGCACUUCUUCUAGCUCUUCGACGGGAGGCUCGACACGCUCUGGCUCUGGAGCUCCUCGCGCGUAUGGUGGCGGAUACUACGGUGGCGGCGCCUCCGUGCCCUACUCCGCUGGGUCACGGACACCUAAGGGACUUGUCGCCGCCCCUCUGCUUAUAGGCGCCGGUGCCCUCGCUAUCAUGCCCGGUCUCUGGCUGUAUUCAGCAUACCCUUACUAUCUUUCACCAUACCGAUUCUACAACCGAACCGACACCAACGAGACUAAUCCUAACGGUACAAAUACCACGCUCCCAGUCACCUGCCUCUGCCAACAGUACAGCCCUUGUGGAUGCGACGACAACUCCGACCAGGCCUACUACAACGACUUAGUAGGGAAUGGGAGCUACGCCGCACUCAACAAAACUCUCGUUACGGUUUCUGAUGUCAAUGGAACACGUAACCUUGUUAUAAAUGGAACGCUCCCGAAUGGAACAACCGCACCCGGCGGUACCGACGAUGACAGUGGUGCCAUGACCCUGAAGACUGGCAAGUACGCUGGCUAUCUGGCUAUGGCCACCGUUGUCGUCACUGGCGUGAUGAUGUAA